AUGUCUUCGAUUAUUGAACUUUCGGAUAUAGAUGAUUAUAAUGAGAAAGACUUAAUUAAAAUGAGAGAGAAUAAUAGUGAUAGCGAAAAUGAAUUAGAAAGCGAAGAAACAUUAGCUUUCUUUACUUCUCAACUGCGAGUUCCCAAAGUUAUAUAUACAACUGUUCCUAUAGAAUAUCCAGAUACAUCUUCAGAAGGAGUUGCAACCGUUUACAAUGUAACUGGAUGGAAAAAUCAUACAGACGCGUUUUCAGAUAUUCAAUAUUCAACAAAUGGUUCAGGCGGUACCACAAAUAUUCAAGAAUGCCCUUUUUUUGGAGGAAUACCCGUUAAAAAAAAUCAAAGAAAAUGCCAAGGAAUAAAGUUUUGUCAGUUCACUGAUCCUGAACUUGUUAAUCAAGAACACUGUAGUGUUGAUUUUGAUUCUGAAAUUUUUCAACAUUAUACACAACAAAAUAAUAAUAAUACUAAAGAAGCUAAGACAUAUACUUUAUUUUUGGCAGCAAAAGAUACUCCUUGUAAUUUCAAAAAAGACAAUAUCCCAUGCAAUGGAGGACCUCAUAUUGGAAGAAUAACUAAUUAUCAAACAAAUAUUGUAUCAUAUUUUAUCGGUUGCAACAAAUACAAACAAGGUGAUAAGUGGCAUCGAUAUAUCAAAAUAAAACAAGAUGAAGUUGAUAUUUCAUUACUUCAAAGUCUAUUCACAGCACUUGUAUGUGUAGGAACACAUAAUCAUCCACCCCCAGCACCUGAGAGGAUUCCUUCUGGAAUUAAGAAUAACUUAGAAUCUUUAAUUACCCAAGCUAUUCAACAAGAUGAUAAUGUUACUUCAAGAUCAAUAUUGUCAGGAAAUCUACUCAGUGCUUAUUUUAAUAAAGAAACAUUGGCAGAAGUUCAUGUCUCUCUCAAUAAUAUAGACAAAUUACGAUACUUAGUAGGAAAAGCAUACAAGACCUUGCAUCCUUUUUGA